GGCCAUCCCCCGAUUGAACCGGUGAACCGGAGUCGAAGCAACCCCCAGCUAAGCCCUCGAGAGGCAGUCGUGAGCUUGGUGCCGAGCUGGGGCGAUGCUCGUCGCUCGCGUGUGCUUCGCGAGUGCUCGCCAUUCCGUGUCGUCGUUACGCGCGUCGUUCGCCCCGUCGUGUCGACAUCGUCGCGCUCCAUCCUCGCCUCCGCCCUCGCGCCGAUCAUCCUCCUUCCCGUCGACGUGCUCGAGGCUGGUGCCGCAACGAGGCCCCGAGGUGCAACGACCGUGCGACCAUCGGACAGCCGCACGUGAGCACGGCCCUGGAUUCGACGCGAGAUGAGAAGAAACGUCUGACAAAACGGAUCCCAAAGGCAUGGCCAGCAGCACGGAGGAUUACGGGUCGGAAUUACAGGAGCUGCAGUGGGGUGGGGGUGGCGGGUCCCACUUCCUGCGUAGCGGUUCCCACUUCCUGAGGAGCGGUACCGGUGGUUGCUACGAGGCCGAGGAUUUGGAGCCGACGAGCAGGCACCAUGGCAGCCAACACAGGGGAUAUUACAGCCCUCCCGGCACGAGUUACACGAUCGUCGAGAGGCCGCCGAGUGCCCCGCACCACCAUUCCUCCCACACCACCCCGUACAGGCACAGGGGACACGCCACGGGGGGAUCUGGCGCCAUUUCGCCCGAGCAGGUGCUUAGACUUUUCGGAAACGGUGUGUCGGAGCGUCGACAGGGGGACAGAAGGACACCUGCCUCCUCGCCUGCGAGCGUUGCAGCGGUGAGAAGCACGCCAUCCUCGACGUCCCAGCAGCAGCAGCAAUCCCAGCAAUCGCAGCAAUCGCAGCCGAACCCGGCCAAUCCCCCAACCUCGCCGAGCUCCCAGCCCCUCAGCCUUCAGGAACUCACCGUAAGGACAAUCACCAUGACGAGAGAUCCGCCGGACUCUCACGGCUUUGGGAUCUGCGUGAAGGGUGGCAAGGACGCAGGUGAGAUCCGAAGUACCUUCAGGCUACCCCCAUCGCCGUACUUCGCGCCUCAAGAUCGAGGGGUGGGUGUCUACAUUUCGAGGGUGGAGGAGGGUUCGGUGGCCGAACGUGCUGGACUCAGGCCAGGAGACACCAUCUUGGAGGUGAACGGCACACCCUUCCGAGCGGUGACCCACGAGGAGGCCCUCAAAAUGCUGAAGUCUUGCAGAACCUUGAGCAUGACCGUGCGAGGGCCAGCGUUGGAUCCACGAUGCAGAGGUGGACACCCCGUCUGGUCCUCUUCCGGUCGACAACAGUCCUGCAGCUGGAUCGACCGUCAAGGUCGUCCAACCUCGCCACCGCCACUUUAUCCACCUCGGGACCCUAGGUACGGACCAAGGACGAGAAAGGUGGAGCUCUGCAUCGAGCCUGGCCAGUCUCUCGGCUUGAUGAUCAGGGGCGGCCUCGAGUACGGCCUUGGGAUUUAUGUGACCGGGGUCGACAAGGACAGCGUGGCCGAUCGAGCCGGACUUUUGGUAGGUGAUCAGAUCAUCGAAGUGAAUGGGCAGAGUUUCGAGGAGGCGACCCACGACGAGGCAGUGGAAAUAUUGAAGACGAACAAAAGGAUGACACUCCUGAUUCGCGAUGUGGGAAAAGUGCCACACUCUUGUACCACGAGCCAGCCUAUCGUUGUACCGACGACUAGAUACCCUGAACACGAUCCUCUACUCUUGGAGAGCCCUGGAAAUCAUCGACCACCGAGUCCUACCAUUGCGAGCGAUUGGAGGCACAGAAACGUACACAUGGUUUCUGCCGCAACUGCCGCGAUGGUGGAGGAAAAAGCGAGGGUGGUCCUCGCGAGGAGCGAGAGGGCAGCGCUUUCUCAGCUUCUGGCCGAUUACAGGACGCGUCGAAUGACAAUCGAGGAGCUGGUUGUCAGUUUAGGCGACCUGCUGAACACACACGAGAAAUUGACACUGCUUACCGAGCUCAGGGAACUCGUCGACAGCAAAGACAGAGCUGCCUUCGACGAUUUGGUUUACAGGCCUCGAGUAGCCAGGAGAAAAGGUGAUCGUGCCCAUUCGGAUUUAAUAGUGACUCCAUCCCUUCACGAUCUUCCGAGGGGUGUGCCCGGUGGUUGUUGCCGUCCGGGACGACUGGUGGACGUCGAGGGAGAUCCUCUAGGAGUGACAGGACCUCUCCUGCCAAGGGAUAACCAGGAAUAUAGAUCACCCAGCGAGGACAGCGGUCUCGGGGCCGACAUGCCCAGGACCAGAGCUGGGUGCAGGAGGACGCCGCAGCACCAAGUGACCACCUCCGAUCUCGCCCUCUCCAACGACGACGAGUGCGACAACCAGGACUACGAGGACGAGUUGGAGAACGGGCGUGGACGUAGGCACAGCUCGCCAGGUGGCUCGAGGGGGAACCCGAGGGAUUACGGCCAUCAUCAUCUCCAUCCGGACAAUUUGGAGAGCGACGGUGGUUGCGAUGGUAGCGACGCCGAGAUGAUCGGUAACGGGAGACGCGGAGGCGGAACGGAAAGGGAUCGCGAUAUGGAGGAGGAUGAGGACGAAGGAAGGGAGGAAAGGAGCUCAGAGGGUGGAGGUGGUGGAGGUUUCGGUGGUUGGAGGUCCCACUUGCUCGGUGGGCUGACGCAACGUGUCAAAUCCUGGUACUGGGGCGCCAGGCCCCUCCUGUGCCCGUUUCAGGAACUCGCGCACAAGCUCUCGCGGAGCUUCGACAUGCAGGAGGCUCAGCUCCUCGAGGAGGGUGGUUCUGGUGCCGCUACAGCGGGCGCUGGGGGUGCGGGUGGUCCGCCACGAAGGCAUCACAGCGCUCAAAGAUUGGCCAGAAGCGAAAUGUCGGAGAGAAGGGAAGAGGACGGCGCGUUGGUGGUCCCCGAUCACCAGGGCAAUCUGAGGAUCACCGUGAAGAAGACCAAGUCGAUUUUGGGCAUUGCCAUCGAGGGCGGUGCCAAUACCAAACAUCCACUGCCCAGGAUCAUCAAUAUACACGAUAAUGGAGCAGCUUACGAGGCCGGUGGCCUCGAGGUCGGUCAACUGAUCCUAGAAGUCGAUGGACACAAAGUGGAAGGUCUCCAUCAUCAGGAGGUAGCAAGACUGAUCGCGGAGUCGUUCGCGAGGCGCGAUCGCAACGAGAUCGAGUUCCUGGUAGUCGAGGCGAAGAAGAGCAACCUGGAGCCGAAGCCGACAGCCCUGAUAUUCCUGGAGGCGUAGCAGGAAUCUCCCACCUCCGAGCCGGAACCACCGUAGCCCAACCUGACCAGAGCUCGGCCCGCGACACAAUUGGAGCGUGGUCGACGCUGAACCGUCAUAAGAAGCUGAAGAGAUCGAUGAUGAUGAUGGACCGGGAAAUCGAUCAUCGAGCUCGUCAUCGAUCGACAACGACCCGAAACGAAGAGAAAUCGACGAGAGGAGGACGAGCUUGCUCUUCAUCUUCAUCGAACGCUCUCGAUUCGACGGUCGAGCUCUCAGUCGGGUGCUAAAUCGAACCUGGCCUUGGUGGUGGGAAUUCUUGAGGAAGAAAACAAGAGAAAUGGGAAAAGGAAGGGAAAGAAACGAGCCACAAGGGGGGGCAGAAAGAAGAUGUUGGGUGGCGUGAUCGUCCACGUUGUCGUGAUUCGCCUCUCUUUGUUGACGAGCCUUCGAAUUUAACCGGCACCGAAAGCUUCUAAACUCUUUACCCAUGAAGCUGUAACGAGAGCCGGCUCUGAUGAGACGAGAAUCAUGCGACGAGAAAUAAAGAGACGCGGAAGAUCCGAAGGAGACGAAACGAAACACGAGUACAAAAGAAAUAUACGAUCGAAGACGAGAUCUAUUAUAAACGCUAAAGACGCUACGAGUGCGAGGACAACGUUACAUGAGGGAGACGGAAGAUCGACUGUGCCAAACUGUUAGGGAUUGUUUCGCGUAUAUAUUAAUUAUGAUACCCUUAAAUAAAUUAAUGAUCCUAACGAGAUUCAAUCUCAGAGACUCUACCAGAGACGGAAAGGUUCGCGAGUACGAGGUACCAUCAGUGGGAUCCUACGAGUGCUACGAACUUGUGCUACGGAUUAUGCUCGAAACAGAACACGAUCACGAAGAAACGUUUUCACGUGCCACGAUGAUAUGAGAGACACGUGAGACACGGUGGUUCACUGUUGACUAAAAUACGUUAUCGAAGAUCCUACCUGGACUGUGUCGUCGGUCAGGAUUUUCGUCGAUCGAAUUCCUCGGCUGGCUUAUUUAGCGGCGGUGAUGACAAUCGGUGUCGAGAAAAGAAAAGAAUAUAAUUUCAAGCGGAUCCAUGUGUAUAUAUACAUAUAUAUAUGUAUGUAUGUAUGUAUGUAUGUAUGUAUGUAUAUUUGGUGCUAUUGUCUCAAAUUUCAAGCUCUCAUAAAUUAAAAAUAAUUUAUUUCGAAUCUUAAAUUUUAAGCCUGUUAGAACCUUCGACUACAGAUGCCCGAAACUCUAUUUUUGCACAUAACCUAGAUAAGCGUUAGUAAAUGAAAGUAAAUCAAGAGGCAACGGCGUUGCAUGCAAAGAUCGAGGAACAAAAUCGACAAAAAUCCGAAUCGAGGAGAGGCAGAGACUAAACAUAGACUUAUUAUUGGGAAUUGUUGAGGCUUAACAAAAUAUAUUAUAUACGAUACACAUAUAUAUUAUAUACGAUAAUAUUAUUGACUGUUGUAGUGGAAUUGCAAACUUGUACCUACCCGAUCGCACCUCGCUCGCCGCGCGAGGUGAGGUGUCGUGAAGAGCGCGCAGAAGGAAAAAGAAGAGAGAAGAUUCUGCUAAGAAUAAUUGCGAUAAUAUUUUCAACGAAUUAAAAGAAAAAAAAAAAAGAAUAGAAAAAAAAAGAAAAAAUAGACAACGCGUACUUAGCAAUGAGCCUGGUCGUUCGAAUUUUCGAGGGGUCGCGGACGAUCGCGGCAAAAAUUUGUCAAAAAUUUCUUAUUGAGUCGUGGUCGAGAGGGAAGAGAAAAGAAAGAUUUCCACGAAUUAUCAUUCGCAACGAGAUAAUCGUUGCUUCGCACAGUGGAUCGCAUAGUGGAAAUUGCUGUUGAAAGCGACGAUCCUUUCUAUUCGUGCUCCACGCUCGGAAAACUCGAACACACUUGUAUUUUUCAUACAAAGAAUAUUUCACGCUUUUUCACUUCGGUCCGUGGAUUCUCGCGUCGUUUGGACAUUUUUUACGAUGAAAUCAUAUAGACACGAGGGAGGGAAGGAAGAGGAUUUUCUAAAUGACGCAAUUUGUAUCAUCUUUAUUGUACCCGAAUGUAUUUCGAAUUUUUCGAAUCGUGGCGCACGAUCACGUUGAUUUCACGAUCGCUAAAUUGGAAAAACGGAGGAAGAUAAUUUAUUACUUGUGCGAGUUAGUAGAGCGGUUCCCCUAUUAAUUUCAUUUAUUUAAAUAUUAUAACUCUUUUUCUAUCUAUCUUAAGAUGAAAAUGAUUUAUUCCUUAGAGAUGGAAUUUUAUUUCGCUCCUUUUAUUGAAUAACAAGAAAGUAGAAUUCAAUACGUGGUUCGCGUUAAUGGAAAAGGGAAGAAAGUAGAAUUAAAUUUCAAAUUAAGUAGAAAGUUUGAUUUCCUAUACGAUAGAAAACAAAAAAAAAAAAAAAAAAGGAAAAAAAAAGAAAAAAGAAAAAAAAGAAAAAAGGAAGAUCAGUUUCAGGAACUGGUUUGUUAAUAUCGACGAACGUGUUUCGCCAACUAUUUAAAUAACGUAAUUGUUACCGCAAUAAUUACAUUUACAUAAACGAGUAGUAGUAUUAAUAAUUAUCAAUUUCGUGAGUAUAAACGUAGCGAACGUUGUUGUAAAAGUAAAUGGUUAUACGUCUUGUUUAAUAUAUCUACCUGUUACCAAGUUAAAUGUAAUUUUACUGAUAGUAGUGUGUAUAAGUUGAAAACAUCGACGAGUCCACGAGUCGUUUUAUCGAAUACCGAUGAUCGUCCGCGAUUUUGCUCGCUUUUAAAGAGGAAAAAAAAGAUAAAAAAAAAAAAAAAAAGAUAAAAA